AUGUGUUUCUAGUUCCUAAGAUAAAGAAAAUGCUCGAGAAAAUGACACCGAAAAUGACGUCGUGGUGAAUGAAUUAUUCGAAACCUUUCAUCUUCCAUAAUCCCGCAAGGUAAACGACGGUGACGAUUGGUGGGUGGCGCCGUACGCCUCAUCCCAUCCAUCGCCAUCGGCACCUUCCUUAAACGACAUCGCGUCCAUCACCCCUUUUCUCUUCCUCACAGUCACAGCAGUGGUAGCUUCCCAAAAAAGAGUGCCAAUGGCAUCUUCUUCAGACUCAUGGGUGAAGGAAUAUAAUGAAGCACUGAAACUUGCUGAUGAUAUCAGUGGCAUGAUUUCUGAGCAGAGUUCAUUUCCUGCAUCUGGACCAGAAACCCAGCAUCAUUCAUCUGCUAUAAGGAGAAAGAUUACAAUAUUGGGGACCAGGCUUGAUAGCUUGCAGUCCCUUUUGUCAAAGCUUCCCGGCAAGCAGCCCAUAUCUGAGAAGGAGAUGAAUCGGCGCAAGGACAUGCUUUCAAAUUUGAGAUCAAAAGUUAAUCAGAUGGCUUCCACGUUGAACAUGUCAAACUUUGCAAAUAGGGAUAGUUUGCUUGGGCCAGAAAGAAAACCAGAUGCAAUGACCAGAAUGGUUGGCCUGGACAACAAUGGACUUGUUGGACUUCAGCGGCAAAUUAUGAAAGAACAAGACGAUGGCCUUGAGCAAUUGGAAGAGACCGUGGCAAGCACCAAACAUAUUGCAUUGGCAGUUAAUGAAGAGCUGGAUCUACACACUAGACUAAUUGAUGACUUAGACCAACAUGUAGAUGUCACAGAUUCUCGGCUUAGGCGGGUGCAGAAGAACUUAGCGGUUUUAAAUAAGCGAACCAAGGGUGGUUGCUCCUGCAUGUGCAUGCUAUUAUCAGUGGUUGGUAUAGUGGCUUUGAUUGUUGUUAUUUGGCUAUUGGUCAAAUAUUUGUAAUGUAUAAAAUACCCAACUUGGCUUGAGUCUGCUUUUCAUCUUUGUUUCUGCCGUGUGCACUAAAGAAUCAUAAUCAGGUUUCCCCAUUUCUCUUGGUACUUUUCCAAUGCAAUGGAAUUUGUUGAGGUCGUGAAAGGCGAUGUAUUGUAAUUGGCAUACUUGGUGUUUUAUAUAUCGUGUGUUUUUCUCUUUUACAAAUAUGAAAGUGAAUGCUACUGGCUGGAGUAUCAAUGUGGUUGAGUUUUCACA